CAGAAUUGGACCGCAGAUCCAGCGUAGCAGACAAAGUAGCGACUCUCUCUCUAAUUUCUCUCUCUCUCUAAAUUUCUCUUCUCUUUCUCCGGCGAGUUUACCUCCCCCUUGUCUCCUCCUCUUUCUCUAUCCUCUUCAACCUUCACCAUAACCAAAUUCCAGAAUUCGAUUAUUUCAAAUUUCGAGGAGUGAGAAAAGAUCCAGAAGUUUCCAGUUCAUGUUUCAGAUCCGUUCAUCAUCUCUUUGACGAGGUGGUUGAACUGAUUUGAAUUGAAUUGAGUUGAGUUUAGUCAAUUCAAUCAUAAUUCAACCUUUUUUUUGCGCGUUCUUCGGAAAUUAGGUUUCAGAAUUUGAAAUUUUGAAGAAAAAUUGGGAAAUUAUGGACGGAAUUAUCAAUAAGAUACGGAAUUUGGAUGCGUAUCCUAAAAUCAAUGAAGAUUUUUAUAGUAGGACUUUAUCUGGUGGCCUCAUCACCCUCGUUUCUUCCUUCGUCAUGCUCCUUCUCUUCUUCUCCGAACUUAGCCUAUAUUUGAAUGCUGUGACUGAAACACAAUUAGUAGUUGAUACUUCUAGAGGAGAAACUCUACGCAUCAAUUUUGAUGUCACUUUUCCCGCAUUACCAUGUUCGAUUCUCAGCCUUGAUGCUAUGGAUAUCAGUGGAGAGCAACACCUUGAUGUAAGACAUGACAUAACCAAAAAAAGAUUAGACUCUCACGGGAAUGCGCUAGAGACACGACAAGAGGGUAUUGGUGCUCCCAAGAUUGAAAAGCCUUUACAGAGACAUGGUGGCAGAUUGGAACAUAAUGAGACUUACUGUGGCUCAUGUUAUGGCGCCGAAGCGGCGGAUGAGGAUUGUUGCAACUCUUGUGAAGAUGUUCGUGAAGCGUAUAGAAAGAAAGGCUGGGCAGUUUCAAAUCCUGAUUUGAUUGACCAGUGUAAAAGGGAAGGCUUUCUUCAAAAAGUUAAGGAUGAAGAAGGUGAAGGAUGCAAUAUUUAUGGAUUUUUGGAAGUCAAUAAGGUGGCUGGAAAUUUUCAUUUUGCACCUGGAAAAAGCUUUCAACAAUCAGGAGUUCAUGUCCAUGAUUUGUUGGCAUUUCAAAAGGACAGUUUCAAUAUAAGUCACACGAUCAAUAGAUUGACUUUUGGGGACUAUUUUCCUGGCGUUGUCAACCCACUUGAUGGUGUGCAUUGGACACACAACACACCAAAUGGGAUGUACCAAUACUUCCUCAAGGUGGUACCUACUGUGUACACAGAUGUGAAUGGGCACACUAUAAAUUCAAAUCAGUUUUCUGUGACUGAGCACUUCAAGAGUGCUAGUGCAGGUCACUUUUCUACUCUACCUGGAGUUUUCUUCUUUUAUGAUCUCUCUCCAAUCAAGGUGACUUUCAAAGAGGAACAUGUUUCCUUUUUACACUUCUUGACAAAUGUUUGUGCAAUAGUUGGAGGUGUUUUCACUGUAUCGGGGAUUAUAGACUCCUUUGUUUAUCAUGGACAAAAGGCAAUUAAGAAGAAGAUGGAAAUUGGCAAAUUUAGCUGAGCAAACUUUCAAGCAGUGCUAGGGGAUAUUGUUAAAAUUUUGUGGGCUUGCUGGUAGAUAUCUGUAUGCGGGGAGAGAAUUAAUCAUCUGCAAUGCGAUCCCAGAUAGUCUAAUCAUACAAGAACAGUUUUGUCACAGCUUCGGAAUAUAUUAUCUUUCAAUCUUUAUUUAUUGUUAAGAGUUCUAGAUCUUCUCUUUACACAUGCGUCUAAGUUUUUCUGCACCACAAUUGUAAAUUGUAUUCUCAAAUGAGAGCUUAUCCUUUGCUUAACUAGUGGAUGGCAAACUUGAAUCUCAACAUUUCAAGCAAUGAGAGUACACAGCUAAUUGGAGACCUCGGUAAUUUUCUAACA